GUGGUUGGGGUUCAAAUGAUUGCCUGGGAAUCAUCUUAGUCAGUGAUUUCACAACUGGAAAGGUUAACCCGUCCCUCAUGCCUUAUUUUACAUAAAUAAAUCAAAUAUGAUAUUUCCUGAAUAUCUUUUUUCUUUAAUUGUCUAUUUUUUUUUCAAUAUUGUAAUAGUAAUAUAAUGAAAACGUUCACUCGAUCUGAAGUAGCACGUCAUUCAGCAGAAAAUGAUAUUUGGAUUAUUAUUGACGCUAGUGUCUAUGAUAUGAGUCGAUUUAUUGAUAUGCAUCCUGGUGGUGCGUUUCCUAUUCUUGAAUUCGCUGGGAAGGACGCUACAGAUGCAUUUUACGGAUUGCACAAGCAGGAUGUAUUGUUAAAAUACAACAGAUAUAAGAUUGGAACCAUUGAAAAUGAACAGCCUCAAAUAAACUUUUACCAAGCUGGAGAUAUCUCCAAAGUCCCUUAUGCCGAAUCCAGCUUUUGGAUGGGAUACAAAUCACCCUAUUUCACUGAAAAUCAUGCCCGCUUCCGUGUAGCCGUUCGCAAGAUUUUAGAUGGACUUAAAUCAGAAGCAAGAGAAAUAGAAGAUUCUGGAGAACGUCCUUCUGAUGAAUUUGUACAAAAGGUAGGCGCUGCUGGACUGCUAGCUGCUAAUAUUGGACCGGAUGCCGUUCAUGGGAUUCAUUUACCUGGCGGGAUCAAACCUGAAGAAUAUGAUUAUUUCUAUGAAAUGAUUGUUCACGAAGAAUUUGCUCGGUGGGCGUGUCCAGGCUUAGGUUCAGGAUUAUUAGGUGGUAUGACAAUCUCUGUACCAACAGUUAUUAAUUUUGGUAAACCUGCACUUAAAGCAAAGGUCUUACCCUUGGUACUUAGUGGUAAAAAACGUAUGUGUUUGGCUAUCACUGAACCAUACACUGGUUCUGAUGUUGCUAACAUCAAAACAACCGCCAAGCUUUCUUCAGAUGGUUCUCAUUACAUUGUUAAUGGUGUCAAGAAAUGGAUCACUACUGGCUGUUUUGCUGACUAUUUCUCUACUGCUGUCCGAACCGAAGGUGGUAUUUCCAUGCUCUUGAUUGAACGUACUGAAGGUGUAGAGACAAAAUUAAUCAAAACUUCUUCUGGCUCAAGUGCUGGCACUGCUUAUGUUACAUUCGAAAAUGUCAAAGUUCCAAAGGAAAAUUUACUUGGAGUGGAAAAUCAAGGUUUUAAAGUUAUUUUGUCCAAUUUCAAUCAUGAACGAUACAUCAUGCUAUGUGGUGCAUCUAUGGCUGCUCGCCUUGUGGUAGAAGACUGUUUCAAAUGGGCUAACCAACGAAAAGUCUUUGGAAAACGUCUCAUUGAUCAACCUGUCAUCCGUAACAAGCUCGCUGGCAUGAUUGCUCAAGUUGAAAGUAUGCAUAACUGGCUCGAGAAUCUAACCUUCCAAAUGAAUCAUAUGAAUUAUGAUGAACAAUCCAUCAAAAUGGCAGGUCCUCUUGCUCUUUGUAAAUACCAAAUGACUCGAAUGUUGCAUCAUGUUUCAGAUGAUGCUUGCCAAAUUUUCGGUGGACGAGCUAUUACCAAAGGCGGUAUGGGUAGAAAUAUUGAAAGUUUGCAACGUACAUACAAAUUUUCGGCAAUUCUUGGUGGAUCAGAAGAAAUCAUGGCAGAUCUGGGCGUUCGUCAAGCUAUGAAGUAUUUCCCAAAAGGUGCCCGUCUCUGAUUUUCAUUAAAAUUUAACAUACAGGUUUUUUUUUUUUUUUUUUGGACCUAUCAUUGCUAUCAUCAUUACCUUUUGUAAAGCCAAUUUUUGCUCUUUGUUUUGAAUAAAAGAAUUGCC